AUGGGCUCGUCUUUUCAAGCGCUUUUGGAACCGUGCGUGGGUGCCAUUGCCGUCUCCCGGAGCGCGGUCCAGCGGCUCAACAUGUACACGUGGAGCGUCACCUUCCUCGAGACGCAGGGCGACGUGCCGCUCCUCCAGGCCGUCGGCGUCACUUCGCCAACGCUCUCUGUCUCCGUCUCGACGCUGUUUUCUGGCACUGACAACACAUUCUAUGCGUACCAAGAGCCGUUGGCGCCUGCGUUUAACCUGCUCUUGCCGUGCUACGUGAUGGUCUUUGAUGCCCUGGCCGCGAUGACCUUCGAGUCCUACUUGGAUGCGCUCGCGAACGCUGUGUGGAGCCAACAAGUGACUUCCGGUGACAAGGAAAUCUCGCUAGUGCUGCCGCCCGGCGUCCGUGGUCAGUACAUCCGCGUGCAGCGCACGGACAACCUUGUCUUGUCACUGGCCGAGGUCGAAGUGUACGCCGAGUACCAACGGUCGUUCUCCCAGUACAACCAAGGCAGUCCUAUUCGAGGCGCUUCGUUUGCUAGUCCAAGUGUGCAGGCCUGGGCGCCCGAAGUAUCCUUUGCGUAUGCCUUUGGCGGCACCUCGAGCGUUGGCGCGUGGACGCUUCUUCUCCACGACCACUCCCAAACCUCGGCCGUCGACGUCGGCGGCAUCUCGGAUUGGCAACUUACCAUCACCAACAGCGCCGGCACCUCGGUGACCUACUACAUGGACGUCAUGGCGCGGCUCUUGACACUCCCCAAGUACGGACAAGUGCUGCUGGACAUUUCGCAGACCGAGGCGGAUUACCUUGACACCGACGGCAACAACUACCUCGAUACGACCGAGGCAACGACGUACUUGACGAAUUACUGGCCGCAGUAUGCACUCUUCGAUGCGUUCCAGCGCUACCGCGUCCUCGCAGAGCUCCUCGAGACGUACGCGUCGACGGGCCGCGUGCCCGUGUGGGGCGAACUGGGCCAGCAGCGAGUGCGCCCGCGGAUUUGCGCCACCUGCGUCGUGCCACCGACGCACUUGGAGCUCUACUCGGCAGCGUCCCGCGCAACGGCCAACACGUUUGUGUUCAAAGGCCGGCACAUCCAGUACGCGCCGCAGAGCGCUGCGUUCGUGGGCCUCGAUGCGCUCUCGUUUAGCAUCUCGCUCGACAAUCAGGAGAGCGCUGACCCCGGGCUCGUGCGCAUCGAAACAAUGCCGUGUCGGGAGGCGACGUGCGCCAUGGACGUCCACGACGCGACAAGCCCGUACCAGGCGCUGGCGAGUACGCUCGUCAACUACUAA